GGGAAAAGGCAGGGAGGGGGGAGGAGCAGGGUGUCGCCUGUUUCCACGCUCUGGAGUCGGGAUUAUCAUUUGUUCUCAGCCUCGUCAGCCGCCUUUUCGCGCCGUUAGUCCGUCUCUUGGCCAGCUUUAACCCGGACCACCAUGGGAGUCGACGGUUGCACCAGAUGCAUCAAGUACACGCUCUUCUUCUGCAACUUCAUCUUCUGGCUCGCUGGAGGCGUGAUCCUGGGUUUGGCUCUAUUCCUGAGACAUGACCACCAGGUCAAGAGUCUUCUGGACAUCACAGUGGACGGACAGCAGCCCCCCAGCACCUUCUACACCAGCAUCCACAUUCUGAUCGCCGUGGGCGCCGUGAUGAUGGUGGUGGGCUUCCUGGGGUGUUACGGCGCCAUCCAGGAGUCCCAGUGCUUGCUGGGAACGUUCUUCACCUGCCUGGUCAUCCUGUUCGCCUGUGAAGUGGCCGCAGGCAUCCUGGGAUACAUGCACAGAGAAACCAUUUCCAAAGAGAUGAUCAUCUUCUACGACUCGCUGUAUGACGAGGCCAUGAAAACCAGCUUGACCGAAUCAGACAGGAAGGUGGCCGCCAUGCAAGGACUGAAGAUCUUCCACGAGACGCUGAAAUGCUGCGGGAAAGGCUUAGGCACCUCCCUCUUCAGCAAGUUUGUGGGCAUGAAGGACGGGGUGGACGUCUGCUCCACCGAAUACGUCACCGUCAGCUGCCACACCAGCAUCAACGACCUCUUCUCCACAAAGAUCCACAUCGUGGGAAUCGCCGCUCUGGUGAUCGCCAUCAUCAUGAUCUUUGAGAUGAUCUUCAGCAUGGUGCUGUGCUGCGGGAUCCGCAACAGUCCGGUGUACUGAGGGCCGGAGCGGCCGGCGCCCUGACCGGAGGAACGGCCGCCGUGACCCGCUUCCUGUUUUGUAACCAGGAAAACCACGUAUAGCGCUUGCUGGAAGUAGUCCUCGCUUUACGACCAUGUAAACCGUGUCCCCCUCCCCUGUUAGCCCCAGACGCCGCCUCACCCCUUAGAUCUGACUCACGUAUGUCGAUAUGAAACCACAGACGCUUCCUAACGGCCUUUCUGCGCAUCCAGAUGCUCUUACAUUCUCAGUUGGAGGUUUUUUUCACUGUUUCAUGUAUAAACUGUAUAUAAAUGUAUGUUGACAGUGCUUUCUGCCUGAGCAUGGGUCAGCCAAACCCCGCCCCCUCCCCUCCCCUCCCCCACUGCUUCUGUCAUUUCCUGCAUCCGUCCUUUUCUGACGCCGUCGAGCUCUGUUUCCUGUAAGCCUUUGGUGCCAAAAACAUGCUGGGAAAUGAAGUAAUUGUUCCGUGGCGCUGCGGCGCUUGUUCGUGCGUUACGGGAGCUGUGAAGAGCUCGCCGUGGCGCUCAGCGGCUCCGCUGACGAGGAGAACCGUGGCGGUUGUCCUCGCGCCUUCUCCCCCCCGUCUCCUCACGUCCUUGGUACGUCCGGCCGGGCGGGAGGAGGACCCGGGUCCUGCGGCCACCUCUGAUGCUGACCUUUGAACCCCGUGGCCGCAUGCCCCCUCCCCCCUCCUCUCUGGCAGACUGUGGUUUGCCCAGAUAUAAAGGGAUUAAAUGUAUUUUACAAAAACC